UCGAGAUAAUUAAAGAUUCAGCCUAGCCUACAAAACCUUUCCCUCUGAUAAAUUAAAUUAACCAAACAUUUCGGAGCAAUCAUGGGCAACAAAGUUGCUGCCUUCACCGAGGAUCAACUUGAAGAAUAUCAGGUCUGCACCUAUCUGAACAGGCAGAACAUUCUCAGAGCUCACCGACUGUUCCGGCAAGUGACCGGCGGGGACGCGCCUAAAGUGAUGAACCGCAACGCUACGGCCACCGUCACGGCUCCCUUCUCGCAGCUGGACAAAUUACCGCUACUUAAGGAUAACCCCUUCCGACGGCGUAUCUGCCAGGUGUUCUCUGAGGACGCGUCAGGCAAUCUCAACUUCGACCAGUUCCUAGAUUUGUUCUCUGCUUUCUCCGACGCGGCGCCACGGGAGAUCAAAGUGGUCUACGCUUUCAAAAUAUACGACUUCGACGAAGACGGUUUCUUAGGAGGAGAGGAUCUCCUAGCGGCGGUCCAGCAUCUCACGCACGGCCAACUCUCGCCCGAAGAGUGCAACAGCGUCGUUAAAAAGGUGCUAGAGGAAGCAGACUUGGACUGCGAUGGACGUCUGUCUCCAUCAGAGUUCUCUCACACGAUCCUCAAGUGCCCGUACUUCCUACAGAACUUCAAACUCCGCGUGUGAACAGCAGAAGACAUCCUCAGCAAGGGUGGUGGACAUGUUCACUAUAACAUUCAUGAGUAUAUGCAGCUACAGAGAGAGAGACAUGCU